AUGGGCGCCUCAACCUUAGAUUCAACUUCCGGACAGAGAAUCCGUCACUUUGUUGGCGUCGAGAGUUCCAAGCAGCUCGCCUUUAUCGAUGAUCUCCAGAGGCUGGGCCUGAGUCGUACGGUCGACCUACCUGAGCUUAUCGUUGUAGGCGAUCAGAAUACCGGCAAGAGCUCCGUCCUCCAAGCCAUAACUGAAAUCUCAUUCCCCGUUGAAUCAGCAUUGUGCACUCGUUUCCCGAUCAAGAUUUCCUUUCGACAAACUCCUGGAGCAUCGACCUCUGUCCAAGCGGAGAUCAUUCCGGGCAAGACGACGCAGUAUGACGAGGAAUUAAUAGAGAGAACCAAGGAUUUCCGGUUUACGAGUAGUGAACUCACCAUCAGUGUCAUGGCAGACAUUAUACAAGAGGCAACAGACAGAAUUUUCGGCGACGAAGGUAAAGCAGACCAAACUCUGAGCGAUGCGAUACUUCGAAUCGAACGAUCCGGCCCAAACGAAAUGCACUGGACUAUCGUUGAUCUUCCAGGUAAUCCUACGGAUAACACAAAAAUAGCCAAGGAUUUGGUGCGGUCAUUUCUUGAAAAUGAGCGAAACAUCGUGCUAUGGGUAGUGGAUGACACGGAUAUAGAGAGACACAAGUCUCUGGAGCUGUUCGAAGAAAUUCCUGGUUUACAAAGUCGGACGAUAGGAGUUUUGACCAAGUGCGACCGCAAACAAGAGACUUCCGAUAACUGGAUGGUAAAACUGCUUAAAAACGAACCAUCGACCGAAAACCACCUCGACCAAGGUUGGUUUGGUCUGCGAAACAGGAAACCCAAAGAAGCACAUAUCAGUGAUCAAGAGCGAGACCAGAAUGAGAGUGAUCUAUUUGAGAAGCCCGAAUGGGCCAGCGUUCGCAAAAGUCAAACCGGUAUCAAGGUGCUCAUGGACCACAUUGACAAGGCACGCCGCUCUCGCAUUCAGGAGAAAGAGCUUAAAAAACUUGGUGAAAAGGGCGACACUCCAGCUGCACAGCGAUCUUACGCAAUGCAAUUCUGCAAUUAUUUACAGAAGAUGGCAGAUUCGGCCCUACGUGGUCGUUACCAGGAUAUCCCAUUAAAUAAUCCUAACGUCAUGCUUCGUUUUAGGGUCAAUCAAAGACUGGACAUCUUUCAGAAGACCAUGGCGGACGGCGACGGGAUUGAGCCCAACCUAAGAUUCCAUUUGAUUGAAGACGCCCUCCAAUAUUUAGCUGAGUCGGGUGUCAGUCCUGAAUACUGGGUGGAAUUUAUCGCACAUAAUGACGGUGCAGAUCUUUAUUCAAGAAUUUACAAUGAAUCGAAGGUAUGUCGGGGAACAAACCUGCCUGGAACAAUCAGCCCCGAAGUCGAAGAGAAGAUCUUUCGAGAGCAAUCAGCACACUGGAGGGACAUCGCGUUCGAUUUGGUCAAUGACAUCAAAACUUUGGUGAAAGAAUGCUAUGAUAUCUUUCUGAAUUUGGCAAUACCAGAGGGCAGAGCCCGUGGCGAGGUGAUCGCGAUGACCUCCAAGACCCAAGAAAUCUGGGAUACAGAAGUUGAUGCCGCGUUGGAAUUUUGA